AGAGGAAGAGGAGAUGAAGAGGAGAGGAGAGGAGGGGAAUGGAUGGAGCAACAGCGCAGCGCUCAGACACAAGAGGGAGAGCUGGAGAGGAGGCAGCUGCUGUGUGAGCUCGUCCACAUCGCAGCUCUGAGCAGGUAGAGGGAGAGGUGGAGAGAGAGAGAGAGAAGAGGAGGGAGAAGGGGAGGGGGGAAGCCUGUCUUUUCACCUGAAGAUUACUUUGUCUCACAUUUCUCUCACCCCGAGCGCUGGUAGGAAGCAGCAGCCAGGACCGAGCGGAGUUGAUCUGGAGGUGCCGGCUCUGCUUGCUCUCUUGUUUUUUGUUUUCUUUCCCUUCUAGUCUGCACGGGAGGUCAGCUGGACUACUGUGCAAAUAUCUUUAAAAUCUUCUAUUGGAAAGACUGAGAAAUAGAAGCAGAAAGUGGCACUUCAAGAAGAGGAGGAAAGUGAGGUACCUGCAGUCAAAGCACCGGCUGCAAAAAGAAGAAAAGUUGAACUGAAAACCUACACCUGAAAGACUAACCGGUUCUCCGGGGUUGAAGGUCUGGCGCAUUCAUCGCCUCCACUCGUCACCUGAAUCCGACUUCUUCUGCGUCUCCUCUUCAGGACGCCAAAAGAGAAGUUGAAGAAAAGCCUAUAACUGCACUCCUGAAGAAAGAAGACCUUUUGAAACACUCCUCUGUGCUUAACAAUGGGAGACGGUUCGCCUUUUCCAGCGGUUUCCAGCACCUUGCUCCCGCUGGCCCUUUGCAUUUUGACCCUUCUGCCUCACUGCCUUCUGGGUAACCCUGCGGAGGAGGAAAACAAGGGCAGCUCAGCGCUCCUCCGUCGGGUGAAGAGAGGCUGGGUGUGGAACCAGUUCUUUGUCCUGGAGGAGUAUACCGGACUGGAACCGCUUUACAUUGGAAAGCUCCACUCAGACAUGGAUAAAGGCGAUGGAUCCAUUAAGUACAUCCUGACCGGCGAAGGUGCCGGCUCCACCUUCACCAUCGACGACAGCACCGGAGACAUCCACGCCCUCCAGAGGCUGGACCGGGAGGUGAAGUCCCAGUACAUCCUCCGAGCGCAGGCCCGCAACCGCCUGACGGACAGGCCUCUGGAGCCGGAGUCUGAGUUUAUCGUGAAGAUCCAGGACAUCAACGACAACGAGCCGAGGUUUCUAGACGGACCCUACCAGGCGUCUGUGCCGGAAAUGUCCAAUAUAGGAACUUCUGUGAUCCAGCUGACGGCCACAGACGCAGACGACCCCACGUAUGGUAACAGCGCCCGCGUGGUCUACAGCAUCCUGGAGGGACAGCCUUACUUCUCAGUGGACGCCAAGACUGGCGUGGUCCGGGUGUCUCUGGCAGACAUGGACAGGGAGACCAGAGAGAACUACACGGUGGUCAUCCAGGCCAAAGACAUGGGGGGCCAGCUGGGGGGGCUCGCCGGCACCACCACUGUGAACAUCACGCUCGGCGACAUCAACGACAACCCGCCCAUGUUUGACCAGAGGUUGUAUCAGAUGAGCAUCCCCGAGUCGGCCCCCGUGGGAUCUGUGGUGGGGCGGAUCUGGGCGAAGGACCGGGACAUCGGGGUCAACGCAGAGAUGAGGUACAGCAUCAUCGACGGAGACGGGAGGGACACGUUUGAUAUCAGCACCGACCCCACAAACCUGUUUGGCAGCAUUACGGUGAAAAAGCCGCUGAACUUUGAGAGUAAGCCCAGUUACACUCUGAAGGUGGAGGGCGCCAACAUCAACCUGGACCCGACUUUGCGCCACAGCGGGCCUUUCAAGGACGUCACCAUUGUGCACGUGAGCGUGGAGGACGUGGACGAGCCCCCGCUGUUCGACUUGGAGGCGUACAUCAUCGAGCUGCCAGAGGACGCAGAAAUAGGGACGGUGUUGAAGACGGUGUCGGCAAGGGAUCCCGACGCUGCCAACAACACUGUGAGGUAUUCCAUCGAGAGGUCCAGUGACCCCGACAAGUUCUUCUACAUCGAUAUCACUUCAGGGUCGCUGAUGACGGUGCGUUCACUGGACCGAGAGGAGCUCGGCUGGCACAACAUCACCGUCCUCGCCAUGGAGAUGAAUGACCGUACAAAGGUGUCGAGUGUGACUGUGGCUGUGAGGGUCCUGGAUGUGAACGAUAAUCCCCCCUCGCUGAUGCACUACCUGGAGGCUUAUGUGUGUGAAAACGCCAAAGCAGGACAGCUGAUCCAGACAGUCACAGCCGUGGAUCCGGACGAGCCGCUGGGUGGACAACACUUCUACUACAGUCUGGCUCCAGAGGCUGCAAACAACCCAAACUUCACCCUGAGAGACAACCAAGACAACACAGCGUGGAUCCUAACUCGGCGAGGGGGCUGGUCUCAGCAGGACCAGACCGUCUUCUACCUGCCCAUCUUCAUCUCUGACGGCGAGCAGCCGGUCCAGACGAGCACGAGCACGCUCACCAUCCGAGUGUGCAGCUGCGACCAGGAGGGGAACGUCAUGUCGUGUAACGCAGAGGCGUACAGUCUGCCGGCGAGCCUCAGCAGAGGAGCGCUCAUCGCCAUCCUCGCCUGUAUCUUUGUCCUGCUAGUGAUGAUUCUGCUCAUGCUCUCACUGCGGACUCACCGCAAGAAGCCGUACCUGUGUGACGAGGAGGAGAACGUCCAUGAGAAUAUUGUGCGCUACGAUGACGAGGGCGGCGGCGAGGAGGACACCGAGGCCUUCGACAUCGGCGCCAUGUGGAACCCGCGCGAGGCGCACCACCACCCCGGCGGUAAGAUGCGACAGGACAUGCUGCCGGAGAUCGAGAGCCUGUCACGUUACGUCCCGCAGGCGUGCGUGAUGGGCGGCGGCAGCGGGGACAGUAACGUGCACGGGUACGUGCUGGCGAAGCUCCUGGAGGCGGAUGUAGACCCGUGUGCGCCGCCGUAUGACUCCCUGCAGACCUACGCCUAUGAGGGAGAGGGCUCGGUCGCCGAGUCGCUCAGCUCGCUCCAGUCGGGGGGGUCGAACGCGGACCACGAGUACGACUACCUCAACGACUGGGGGCCUCGCUUUAAAAAGCUCGCCGAGAUGUACGGCGUGCUGGAGACAAACAGCUCCCCGAUGUGGUAGAACAACAGAACCGUUUGCCUUUUUUUUGAUGACAUACGCAAAUAAAACAAAAAGAGAAAAUAUCAGAGAAAAGAAACAAUAAAGCCAGGAUGUGCUCACGCUCUCAUCCAUGACUGUUAGCACUUGAAUUCCUGCCGAAGCCGCGAUUCUCCUCGGCGAUGAUGGCCUGGGAUGCCCGCAGCAGCAGCACUGUGAGCUGGUUUUUAAAUCUAAAGAGUCGGGUUGGAUUGGCCGCCCCCGCGAGGUCUAGAAAAGGAACAGCUUCAAAGCACAUGUUAACUCUCCUGCCUGACCCCGCUCUGUUCAAAGUGAUGACUGAUUUACGGCAGAAAGAGGGACUACUUUUUCUAACAGAGGGAGAUAAAACCCCUGAAAGCUGAUCCACUCUUCUGAGUUUGAGCUUUCUGACAUCAUUGCUGCAAACAGAGAUGUCUUUUUCCCCCCCCGUUCCAUCAGCGGCAGGUCUUAAUUUAUUCCUUUGUUUCUUGUGCUGUAUUUAUAUUUUUUGUUAAAUUAUUCGGGUACUUCAAACCAACACUGUACUUAAAAACUGCAGCUGUGUGAGGAAAUCUUUAAAAGAUCACUUCUAUGUUGUAACAUACAUGAUGUAACUGCCCUUGUUUUUUUGUCUGUUUGUGUGAUUUGUCAUCUCUGCAUAUCACACAGACGAGAUGUGUAAUCCCAUGUGGGUUUCUCCAGGUCGAUAUGUUUGUUGUAUUCUUGUUUUUUUGUAUCAUUUUUGAGCUCUUUGUAUUGUAAAUCCUCCCCAAAACAUAAAGCAGUUAUCUAUUCCCAAGGAUGAGAAGGAAGCCAUUUCUAAAAAAAAAAAAAAAAGCUGUAGAUUUUUUUUCCCCAGCAGACGGUUAAAUGUUAAACGGAAAUUGAAGUCGCCUUUCAAUUUUCCGAUCCAUCCACCACUGUGCCACAGCCAGUGUCGGACGGCAACUAAAAGGCUUGAUCUGUCCUUUCAGAGAUACUUGUGUUGCGUGUUGUGUUUUCUGCCACCACACAAAUGUGGCUUAAAUCUCAAAAUCCUGUGGACUUCAGAGACAUCGAUAAUCUGCAUCAAGUGCCAAAUGUGAAAAAAAAACGGACAAAAAAAAGAAAAACCUGUUUUGGAUGAAAAUAAAAGAACACAAAAAACCAAAAGACAAAAAAAUGAUUUUUCAAACUGGGAGAGAAGUGAAAGGAACAUUUUUGAUAAAUUGAUUGAAUUUUACUUGAAUCAAUGUGGUGAGUCAUGCUACAGUUAGUGGUAUGUGAAUGUAGAUAAUUUUUGUAUUCUUGCUAAUAAAAAGAUCGAAAAACAA